GUGACUUGACCGGGCAGAGAGAGGGGGGACAGACGCGGGGAGGAGGACAGAGGAGGAGGACAGGAGGAGCCGGGAGGAGGAGGAGGAGGGUGAAGCUGCUGGAGGUGGAGGGACAUUCACUCAUUGUUACAACUCGAGGAGCGGCGGAGAGCUCGUUAUUACACGUGAAUCCGACACAACAUUCAGGUAAAGUUGAUCUAAUUCCUCCAAUUCCGCCUCAAACCUCAGCCGGAGUGUUCCUCUCUCUUCUGUUAAAACCGCCCGGCUCGUUACGGGGAAAUAUCACACCGGUACACGGACUACACGCUGCUGCUGCCGCUGCCCUCCACGGUUACCAUCAUCUAACUAACCGUCAUCUUUUGUCUGCGGUGGGCUGCUUGACAUUUCUAUCUAUGUUAUCUAACCGUUUCACGGGAGUGGGCAGAGAUACACGGAAACGUUAGGAGGCUCUCGGUUACAUUAGAGGAGUGAAGAGGAAGAAGAAGAAGAAGGAGUAAAUUAAUGAAGUGGUUUCUAGGAGGAGCCCGUUAUUACAGAGGCACAGGUAGGCUGGACGAGCUUCUGCAUUUAUACUUUAAAAAAAACAUCAAAUAAAGCAGAUUAGUGACAUUUAAGAAGCUCAGGUGUACAAAAGUGACAAUAGUGAUGAUGCUUUGGGUGUGUGCGUUCAUGUAAAUAUAACAAAAAAAGCCCACUCUUGCAGAAUUGCUCCCCCUGCCUCUGUUUUCUGAAUUUCAUUAGAUUGUAAUACUCUUUAACAACAGAGAGAACACAUUAUUAUUCAUAAUUGACUGAAAAAAACAAACAAAAUGUGCCUAAAUGUUAAUCUCUAAUGAUGAUAAUGGUUUUAGUAUUUGCCCUGUGUGUCAGUGUUUUGCUGUUAUUUCCACUCAUUUGCAUCACAGACUGGUUGUUAAUGAGUAGAGUUGAUUUAAUUCGUCUUUAGCAGAGAUUACUGACAUUUAAGAAGUACAGGUGUACAAAAUCGACAAUAGAAAUUAUGGUUUGAGUGUGCGUGUGCAUAUAAAUAUAACAAAAAAAGCCCAAUCUUGCUGUUUCCUGAAAUUCAUUAGGUUGAAAUACUAUUUAACAACACAAAAAACACAUUAUUUAUUCACAAUUGACUAAAGAAACAAAAUGUGCCUAAAUGUCAAUGUUUAAAGAUGGUAAUGGUGUUAAUAUUUGCCCUGUGUGUCAGUGUUUUGCUGUUAUUUCCACUCAUUUGCAUCACAGACUGGUUGUUAAUGAGUACAGCCAAUGUGAGUCAUCCGGAAAGCAAUCACCUCCAUUUUUUAACCAGGCUUUUAUGUACGUAUGUAUGAAGUAUGUAUAUCCCUCCUCCUGCGUUUGGGUCAGCACCGACCUGUUUUUGAUUUUAAAUGCUUAAAAGGACCACUUAUACUAGCUUUUUUGCGUCAGUCUGAUCCUCUUCCAAUCAUGUGAGAUUUUGGAAAUUCUCAUUUUCUCAUAUUUUUCCCUGCACAAAAAACAAAGUCGGGCAUGUCCAGACGUGAGAUCAAUUCAGUAUAGAUGUCUGAACGACCCAGAGGACCACAACAAAAACUAUUAUAAGCAAUAUUUUCAUGGAUAAUGAAGCAGAACAUGGUAACCUAGAGAUGAGAACCAAACUGGAUGAUAGAGAAUUGUUUAUGGGUCAAAACCGACCCUUAACAUGGUAACACAGCUAACACAGGAGGAAGGUUAAAAUGACUGUGACUACAACUAAUGAAUAUUUCAUAUAUUUUUCUUCUUUCGCAGAUCCGGUCACCACCAUCAGCUGUUGUCAUCCUUAUUUUUCCCAGAAGCGGCAGAAGAGAGAGGGAGGGGUUUUCCUCAUUCGGUGACAGUGCAGCGUCUUAAAGGACCACAGCAUCUCCCAGGUGAUGGAGCGUCUGUGACACACCUCGCCUCCAGAAGAUGAUGGAUGAAGCCGGCUUUAACCAUGGCUGCGCUGGAUUACACCGCCAGGCCCACACCGUUCCUCUGUGAGCCGAAGAGGAGGAAGAGGCUAACCGACAGUCCCGGACGCUCCUCAGACCUCGCCGUUUCUCUCCCCUGAAGGUCAACAGGGAUCAACCUCUUUUGUCUUUCUUCUCUCCUGCUGUACGGAGCGGUCAUGGAUCUCCUCUGGGUGCUGUCGGUGUCCAUGCUCACGGCGUGCGUCGCCAUCCCUAUGGAUGCGGCGGGGAGCCACAGCCUGUUCACCUGCGAGCCUAUCACCUUGCGUAUGUGCCAGGGGCUGCCGUACAACUCCACCUUCAUGCCGAACAUACUGAACCAUUACGACCAGCAAACCGCUGCCCUGGCCAUGGAGGUACAGUACACCGCCGUUACUCAAACCUUUACAGGGAUCACCAUACAAACAAUUUACAAAUGUAUAAAUGAUCAGACAUGUCAGACCCGUACAGACGUUUAAAUCAGUGAUGUUAUGAUUUAGCGUAGAUCAGUGCAGCCAUAUGGCGCCAUGAUUUAAGCUUUGAUUUUAAAAUACCGACGCUUGUGCAGUUUUUUCUGACAGGACUGGAUUGGAAAUUAAAUCCCACUUUUCUAUCUCUCAAAAGCUUUUUUUGAGCCAAACAGUCACUUCUUAUUAAUGCCACAGUCCCAGAGAGUGCGUAUUAUUUAUCAUCUGCUGAGAGUUCAGGACAAAGUCAACGACAUGACAGAGAAAAUAUUGCGCAAGACUGUUUGGGUGUGACUGUUUCAGUUUGGCUUAAACGUGAUCCAGCCGUCUGGAUCCUCCCGGUCUCUGCAGGUGACCGUGGGCAGGUUCACUCCAGCUGGAAUCAUAUCUGUGAAAAAAAUCAGUGAGUGCAUAAAGAGCUCAAGGUGACUGAAGCGAGGAUUUAUGAGUUUAAGAUCAAAUAUGUCGAUCACAUUUUAAGGGAAGUGGUUUUUAGAUCGAAGUUGAGGACAUUUCAGUUUGAUUUUGGCUUAAAAAGAAAUACAAAAAACAACAACAUGAUCUCUGUUCUCUCGAAAUAUUAUCUACUAAACCCAAAUAAUCUGAGAAAAGAAGAUUCACAUGGAGAUAAUAAGACUAUAUUUACUCUCUCUGCUUUUGUUCCCUUUGUCUUUCCACCUGUUUGACCUUUACUGAGUAUACAACUGUUUUAAACAAUUAUGAUGUUUUCCAUUUAAAAGACUCAUGCUAUAUUUGGUUUCUGGACUUCAUCAUUAAAAUUUAAUUCACUAGGAACUUCAGUUAGUUGUAGCUAACGGAUAUAUGACAAGAAAUCAUGUGCGUGUAAAAUAUUGAAUGAAGCAGAGUAGUUUCCUUAUUUCUUUUAGCGAUACAGCAGACAAAAAUACGCAUCAGGUCAUAGAAAUUAGUCUGUAACUUGUAAAAAUGUACAAUAAUAUUAUAUCAUUAAUUUCUGUUAGGAUAGUCAUGAAUAUUUGAGGUUUCUUUUCCUCGUUCUUCAUCAUUUUCACAGUGACCUUGUCUUCCCCUCCCACCUUUCUGAAGCGUUUUCCCCUCUGCUCCUCUCACACCGUCUUUUGUCUGCUUGACUCACAUUAUCGUGACUGAAAUACACACAUCUGCAGACACGCACGUACCGGUAAAUAACCGUGAGAGUUGGUGUUAUGAAAGUGUACCCUACUUUCAUUUGGCUUCAGGAAAAAGGGAGUGUAUCACCAAAACAUUCAGCAGAAAAUUAAGUUUUUAUCUCGUCCCCGGGGGCCGAGAGAACGGUGCAUUAUUAAACGACAGGGCGCGGUGUCCUAAAAUGGUUGCUGGCAGCUGACGGGCGAAGCGAUUUACCACAACAUGGUACAUGUAGAGACUUUUCACUUCAUUUGUUGCACAUUAGAGCCAUUUUACAUAACAGGCUUUUGAGCAGCCGGUCAACUUAUCCUGGUGGAGAGGAAACCAAACGGUCUCUCUCUUAGUUUGGUGGAUUAAGACUCGGAUUGGAGUGUGGCGUCCGUGUUUUAUUGUAGAUUAUCUAUAGAUUUCCCAGCUGCAGCAUCAGACUGUUGUUGUGGCUGUGUGUUAUCCUCUUCAGGCGUUUAAACACAAUCAGGGAGCAGAUGCAUCACCUCGUUAACUUAAUCUCAUCCUUCAUAUAGGCUGAUCCUCCAUCUAUCGAGUAAUUACUGUCCAAACUGCACCAAAACAUCAGAUCAGACUCCCUCCAAGCUGUGUGUGAAACCGACUAUCAGUCCAUCCAUCUAUAUUUAUCUCCAGCUCUUUUGGCUCCCAUCGCCUCUGUCACUUUUACCCUUCAGCGCCCGCCCCACCCUAACCCCACCCCGCCAAAGCGAGGAAGCCACGCUGACCAUCUGUGCCUGCUCCACUUCUGUACUGUGCGUAGACUGAGAGAGAGAGCGGGAGCGAUGGAUGUAGGGCGGGAGGAGUCGUGUGGCAUGAAAAUCCAGGGUUAUGUAACCUCGAAACGUGCCCUGCCCGAGUGCGAGCGCUCAGAGCAUCACUUCACAACACAGCUGCGCUCGUAUUUGGGAAAGAUGCAGACGCCCCAACGCUGCAUGAAGAUUCACUCGCUGAAGACGUGAAUAUAUCGUGAGAUCCGACAUAUUAUCCCACUGCCAGCCCUGCGUCGUGUUUUUGCACGAAUAAGUCAUCCUCGAACCCGCGAUCGCAGUGUGUGGGUUGAAGCGAACACACAGAGACGCUUCUAGGUUAGACGGUGUUCACUUCGAUUGGUCAUGGAUCCGCAAUUAAGUCUCUUUUAGCCCCGCAGAAAUUCUCGCAGAGUUUAUAACACACAUGGAAACCCCAAUAACAGAGACGGGGCUUCUGUUUGGCUCCUGAUAACUCGCCCCACAUCCAGUUCAUGGGAGAACUCAAAGCCCGUAAGAUGUCGAGAGCGGCCAAAUGAGAAUUGACGGAUGAUCUUAAAGGGAAUUAGGUCCUCUGAAUAGCCAUGAUAAUGAUGAUGAAUGCCCUGCACCGUGGAGAAAGUGGGAGUUGGACGAGAACCAACGCCUGCCGUUUUUGCAGUUUUUGUCUGAACCCCCUGAAGUGGAGUCUUGUUGGAUUCCUUUCUUUUGGUCUCGCUUUUGAAGGUUUAGAGUUUUGGGGGAAAGUGGGCACAGUGUGUCCUGAUGUCAUUGCAAAACUUUCUGUUGCUUUAACUUGUUAAUAAAUAUAAGAAACAGCUGAAUGAGGUUAAGUUUAAGUGUUGUAUUCAUGUUACGUCGAGGAAUGGCAGAAAAAAGGCGAUUUCUCCAUCUCGGUGUUUAUCCCUGCUCACUCGGUCAUCAACGCUGACCGCUGAAUGACCUCACAGCUGAAGUGGGACAGCAGCCUCAGGGCUGGGAAUUGGCUAUUUCUGUGCCACAAUGAUACCGUAAGAUAAGUGGGAGCGUGGCCGAUUUGACAGGCAUCAGAAAAAGAAAAUAUAGAAGCCAGAAGGAGAGGGAUGAAUACUGUAGCUACAGGGUGAAUGUAAAGGAUCACAGACGAGAGGCAUGAGGUCAAUAACCCAGUGACAGUAAACGUCGAAUAAUCAGGACUGCUCUCUGUUUUAAAGUCGUGGUUUGAAACUCCUGUCAGGGUUUGUUCUGCAGGAAGAGGAGCUGAGGCUUCAUCGUAAAGAAACUACGUUUACUGAGAUUGUUUGUUUGUUAGUUGAAAAAGUGAAACUGUAAUGUGAACUUAACUCAGAGAAACUAUGAGCAACAAAGCCAUCUACAAAACAUCAUAACAUGAGUUAAAAACAUUUUAAAUUGUGCAUGAAGACGUAAAAAAAAGCUGCUCUGCAUUUAUUGAGUGAGUCUUUCUGAUGCACGUUGCAAAAAUCUGGAGUUAUUGCAAUAAAUUAGGAAAUUAUUUAAUCUCUACUUGUAUUGUUUUCUCUCUCAGCAUGUUUCUUAAGUUUGAAGAGUUAUAAUUUAAUGAAGAAAAAUGCAGACAGUGUGCAAAACAUGACAACAAACUGUAGUGUUUGUUUAAAGGUAAUAUUCACUCUUAGGUUUCCACUCCUUUAUUAUAUAACAGUAUUUAAUCUUGUUCUAACACGUCCUUAUUUUAAUCCUCCAGAAGGCAAAAAUUCAGAGAUUAGUUAUAAAAUCACACAUUUUAGUUUUUUCCAGAUAAGUAAAAGCAGCAAAAACCAUCUCUAUGUUGCUCAGAUGUUGUUUUCAGUUCAGAUAAGCGCAGAUAUACGUCAUAUAGAUGUUAUAUCUCCUGAAUGAAAUUACUUUGAAGGAAACAGAUGGGACGAGUGAGGGUCAGUGCCGACUAAAGAUGUUAACAUUGAUCGAUCAGAGAGGGGUUGUUUACGUGAAGCCAAAGCCAAGCUAGUAAAUCCUUUUUAAGGGUUUGUCUUUGAAUGUUCAGUGAGACGAUAAAAAGAGAUAUAAUGCAUGUAGAUAUAAGACUUUUAAACAGUUUGAUUCAAGUCUAACUAAAAUGUUCUCCUCGCUGUGACAUUUAGACUAAUCAACGGUCUGUUCUUAAUCUCCUCGCUCCCACUUACACUCGUUUCCUCCUCCUUUCAGGCCGUUAACUCGGCCCCUUGUCUCAGGUUUACAACGCUUUCAGAUAAACUGUGUCAUGUUACAGCUGCUGUGUAGAAUAACCCAGAUUCUACUCCACCCUGGCUGUGUGAAUAGGUUUGGUAAAAGAGAGCUGAGGUCGCUGAUGAAGCUCUCUGAAGGCUGCCAGUCUGUUAAAAAAAGUAAACCGGUUUAAAAACCUGCUAGUAAAGAUGUAUCCCAGCAAAGCAAACACACACACAAACACACACACACACCAUGGUCUGAUAAUUCCUACCCAGCGUGACCCGGACUAUAAAAGAGCCUCUUGUUUUAUUUAAUGUCCAACAGCGUGUUUAUUGGCAGUGGACUGAAAGAGGAGCACAUCCAGAGAGAGAGUGACUGGUCCGCGACAGCCUUCCUGAGUGUGUGUGUGUGUGUACGAGUGUGUGUGAGUGUGUGUGAGUGUGUGUACGGACAUUACACUCUGUCAAAGCCAAAGGUUUUCAAACAUUUCUUGGCGGUGAAUGACACGGCUGACUCGGUCGACCCAUCCCUCCGCUCUCUUAACUCCCCCCCUCUCUCUCACCCUCCUCUUUUGUCCUCUCCCUCCCCCCCCUACGCAGGGCUCACCAGUUGCCCAGGAAACGGUCCCAAUUGUGCCGUUAACAAAGGGGAGCAGAGGCUUUUUUUUUUUCUGCCUCCCGGGAGGUGGUCCCCUCCGCCCCGCACCCUGACCUCCUCGAACCCUGCUCUCCUCCCUCUUCCUCCCAACUCCUCCCCGGUGAUGCAUCACCCGUCGCCAUGGUGCCGUGCUUGAAAAUUCGGAGAAUUGGAAUGGCAUCAGAGUAGAAAGGAGGAUAAAGAGGCAGAGGGGGGAGUGAAGAAGGGAGGAGAGGGAGGGGUGCUGAUGGGAAGAGAGGUAUUUAUAAAAGGGCGAAGAACGCAGACCAGUUCGCCAUGUUGGACUUCUUUGUCAGCAAUUCAUCAGUCGGAGCGUCAGAGCAGCUGACCAAGAGCCUUCAUUAAGAGCUAAUUACUGUAGCGUUAGGAAAGUUCAAACAGGCCUCCUCUGACGCUCCUCAUUGGACCGCGCUGAAUUAAUAUUUAAAACAGUUUCUGAUUUAAAACAUGAUAAUCUCACAAGUGUGGAGAGGUGAAUCUGAGGUCAGGGAUGUUUUUUUACUUUUUUAUCCUCUAAAGGCUGAAAAUUCGCAGAUUUGUGGUUACGACAAACUAAUUUAAGCAGAAAUUAAUGUUCGAUUUUAAUCAGAGAUGUUGAACAACUACAGAAAUCUGACUAAAGCGCAGUGCAGAAAAGACAUUUUUGAGACGUUCAAAUUUAUCGUAAUGUAAAAAUGAGCUGAUUGAACGAUACAUGACUCGCACACCUCAUGCGUACUUUGUAUGGACACUGCACAGUGUAACUGUAAUAUUGGUGUCCCGGGGUACGAUUUCAUGCAUCGUGAAACCCUGAAAACACAGCAGGAGCGUCACGUACACAUGGCGCUUUUCCACCCUGCUGACUGUAGAACUACUCGUUGACGACAUUUAGGAAUGAAGUAGGAAUGGGCAUUUUAAGAGAGUCCCUUGAUCGAUUAAUCAUAUAUCUUAAAGAUACCCCCCUAGGACUGCGUGCUACAUGCUCACUCGCUCUUUCUACCUGCCUGGUGACUGUAAUAACCGUUGUUGUUUUUCUCAGUCAUGAAACGCUAAAAAUCAGGGACAACUUUAGCCAGGAAUGGGUCAUCCAAAUAGGGGACUGUCCCCCGAAAUCUGGGAUGUCUAGGCUGUGUCCGAAAUGAAUCACUCAAUCCCUAACCCCCAUAUUAGGUUUCACUAUAUAUCUGACUAUGUAGUGAACUCAAUCACCGGAGGUUUCCGAAACUACAUGGCGCACCGUUGUGACAUCACUGCUGCGUCUUGAAUUUUAUGAUGUUGUAAAGAUAUUUUUGUGCCGAAUAUUGUUUGCUGCGUCGUAUUAGGCACAAGAUUAUAUGAUGCAGCAAACAAUUGUUUUUUAAAAACUGUACGGAUCACUUGUGAGUGAAAAUAGAGCUCAAGCCAUGCAUGACAGGAUGCCCACCACCGGUGAGUGACUAUCAGAUGGUCACUCCAUUUUGCAAUGCUCUAUGGCAAAUUUUGAGUCGCCUAUAUUGGGCAUUGGAAUUGAUCACUCAGGUUUCGGACACCCCUCAAUGUGGCGCUAACCCCCAUAUAGUCGCCUAUAUAGGGGUUAGGGAUCCAUUUUGGACACAGCCAUGGUCACCCUACAGAUCCUUAUUGCUAGCAAGGAGCUGAUGAUGGUAGGUUGAGACUGAGAGGGCUCUGAGGGUUCAUUGACCUCAGUCAGAUGUAUGUGGUUUAAGUGGUAGUUACAUCAUUGGGGUCAUUGUUGUGUUUUACUUUUACGCGGAGUCGCAGUUUUUGCAGCAAACCUCAUCAUUCUUCAUCUUGCUUUCAUCGUUUUUUUUUGUACCACUCCUCUUGUAAAAUCAAAAUCCUUCCGCACAGUGAUAGUCACUGGAUUGCUUAAACACACACACACACUGACUGGACGCAGGAGGAUGGAUGCACGCUGUCAGCCCUUUUCUAAUAACGUUAGAUCAAUCGAAAUUUAGCGUGAUCGACGUAAUUCGUAGAUUACUUGAAAUCAGCUGGUGGUGUCAUACCACCUCUUCUUCUUCUUCUGACUGCCUCUUCUCGUUUUAUCUCCUCUCUGUUCGUUAAGGAUGGUCUGGUGUAUCCCGUGCUAGGUGAUUGCAUAGAACAGCUUCUUGGUUGUUUUGCUCAGUUAGACCCCAGUAGGUGAUUUAGCCCCAAUAUUUCAGCUUUCCUAGUACCUUUAAAAAAGUCGCUUGAGGCAGAGACUAGGUCCUGUCCUGUUCCAAAGAAGCACACAGUUCAUCGAAGUUCACAAACAAUACACUUAGCAACGUGUAUCAUUGCAAACAAAAGAACAUAAAGCGCGGUCAACAAAAAUUACGACUACCUAGGCUCACCUCUCCACCCCAGUGCAGGUAAGACCGCCUCGAUUUAACUUACUAGCUUUCAAACACAGCGCCCACGUGACCCAAACCCAGCGAAACCAAUAGCAACAAGACAAAAGUAACUGAACACAGGAUAACCGAUAAGCCAAGCAACAUUAUGGCUCCUACACCCAAAGAGAGAAACGUGAUCAUAGAUGUCCGUGUUUUAUAAAGGGUAACACUUCGAGGUCCUUCAUCAUGGCAUGUUGUGUGUGAGCGUCCCAUUAUUCCUCAUUUCCAGAGAUCAGGAACCCCCUUAACUAACUCCCAUGAAUGUGUAAUGACGAGCAGCAGGAGAGAGAAGCUGAAAUUACAUUAGCAUACCACCCCCCUCAUGCAGACCUGCACCAUCCAACAGGAUUGUGUAUUACACGCUUGAUUUUCCUUACAAGGCUGGCUCUGGGCUGAAAAGCACCAUGACGAACCUCUGGCCAUUCAUGGGAUCAGGGGCUCACCAGCUGUUUUCCAGUGUAGCUAUUAACACCAAAUCCCCACAGAGAGAGAGAAAGAGAGAUAGAGAGAGAGAGAGAGAGAGAGCGGAGAGGCUCUGCUGGGUCUGGAUGUGUUGGUGUUAGGUGUUGUUUGGCCUGCUGACGUUGAGACCAUAUGUCCCCAACCACCCCUCGCCUCACUCAGUCCUCUUACUGUAAUAAAACGGCUGAGUGGAGAUCCUGAAGAGGUGGAGGAGGGGGAGAAGAUAGAGGCGUGUAAAAAUAGGAAAAUAGAGGCUGAGUUUUUUUCUUCUUCCCAGAGUAGAUCAUCUCUGCUCCUAACCUACAAAUGUAUUCAAGCGUCUCCUCCAGCAGCACCUCCGUUCGUGGUACAGUAAAGCGUGGAGCAUUUGUGUUCUGUGGAGCAUGGCGGUGGCCCGCGGGAGUCCCAACGCAGCGGGGGAGCGGAGAUGCAACCUCACUUUAGCCGCAUUAGCUCAUGUUUGAGCGGUUAACCGACAGUGACGGGGACACCACGCCAGAUGAAGUCAUAGGUAGAUGUCGCAGGCGGGAUCAGGAGGACAGCAGCACCUAGUUCCCAGGACUGACAGGAAGGUGUCAAAUUCAGGGUUUAUACUCCCAGAAGAAGUCAAGUUUCCUCGUUGUGACCGUGUCGUCGUGUCUCUACAGAUGAUGAUGAUGAUGAAGAAUUGUCUGGGUUGUGAAACGAGUCUCCAGAAUUAAAUCAGUGAAAUCCUCUAAUUCUCUCUUCAUAACUGUUGUGAACUCGCAGCAUCCUGUGAACAGCAGCUGUGUCAACCCCGAGUGUGUGUGAGUGUGUGUUUGUGUCUUUUGAAGUGUCUGUGUGUGUGUGUGUGUGUGGCUUCAGGUGAUCUCUGGGUUUGUUCUACCUCUCCACUCAAACUAAAUACGACUUUUUACUGUUUUUAUAUUUGCCUGACUUCACUUAAAACUUUUAAGAGUCGACAGUUUCGUUAAGUUUUGUCUCGUUAUAAUUUUAUAAAUUCAGGGAGUUAAUGCAGACUACAUUUUUCAUUGAUUUGUUUUAUUUAGUCAAACAAAAUUAACCAAACUAAACUGUUUCAGAUUCCUAAACAAGACUUUGUAUUAUUUUUCACUUUUAUUAUUAUUAUUCACUUAAAAGCUUUUUAGAGUCGACUGUUUCAUUAAGUUUUGUUUGGUUAUAAUUUCUAAAAAUCAGGGAAUUAAGGCAGACUACAAUUUUUUGUUGACACACAGAAAUUUAUUUUACAGCUGAUUUAUUUUAUUUCAUUAAACAAAAAUAACCAAACUAAAAAGUUUCAGCUUCCUAAAGCGACUUUUUUCUUUUUUCUUAUUUGCUCAUUCAACUGCAAAUUAAGAAAGAGGAUUAGGGCCACAUAAAGAGCAAAAAAUAAUUACAGGAAGGAGAAUAAAGUCGGAAUGUCACGAUUAAAGCCGAAAUUUCGAGAUAAAAAAUUGAAAUCACGUCAAUAAAGUCGGAAUUUCAAGAUUAAAAAUUGAAAUUUCAGAUUAAAGCCGAAAGUACGAGAUUAAAAGAAUUUAAAUGAUGUCAAUAAGUUCGGAACUUCGCGAUUAAAGUUGAAAUUUCGAGAUAAAAAAAUCGAAAUUAUGUCAAUAAAGUGGGAAUUCCAUUAUUAAAAAUUGAAAUUCAAGAUUAAAGUCAAAAUCCUAAAAUUAAAAAAAUUGAAACUAUGUUAAUAAAAGCGAAAUUUCGAGAUUAAAAAUUGAAAUUUAGGGACUUAAGUCAAAAUUUUGAGGUUAAAGUCGACAUGAAUAAAGUUAAAAUAGCAACUUUCUUAAAUUUCAACUUUUUUAAUAUUUUAAUUUUAAUCUCAAAAGUUUGACUUUAAUCUCGAAAUGGAAAUUAAAAAAAUCUCUCUCCUGUAAUAAUAAUUUUCUCUUCUUGUGGCCCUAAUCCUCUAUCACAGCAAAUAUGCAGGGUUUAACUGUUGAUCUGACAAACAGGACUAUCAUUAUUAUUAAAUAAAAUCAUAUUAAAUGACUUCAUUUGUCACACUAAUGAAUACUGAUAAUAAUGGUUUCUUGUCUAAUUGGCCGGCUGGUUAACGAGACUCAUGAGGCCGAUGUUUCCAUAAUCUGUUCUUAAUGGUAACAUAUUUCACCCUUCCUUAAUAACAGCAAAUCUAAAACAAGUAAAGGUCAGUAUUUCAGAUAAAUUAGAGGCUUAGAAACGUAUAUUUGAUCGACAUUCACGUAAAGAUUUAAGGACUUGAAAAAGGGAAAAGGAGAAGAGAUGAUUAUGUCUUAUAGAUAACUCAUAAUGAUUGCCUGUUAUCGUGCUGAGGUACAUUGACGCUCAAUGAAACGUGAUGCCUCUAUUGGUGCCCAGAUUACUCAAUCGACCGGCUGAUUGAUCAGGUUAUGACAGGCGUGUAAGUACACUUAAGUGAUCUCUUAGACGUUGGAGUCGACGUAAACAAACACGCCAGAGGUGCAGAGGAAAAUCUCACUCUCUGUAAAAAAAAAAACCUCAGCGACACGUCCUCUUUAACUCCCUCCCCCCUCAUGGAGACAAAUUGCCCCCUGCCUGUCCUCUACCCUCCUCCCCCUCCCUUCCCCCUCCCUGUCCCUGUCUGUCACUCGGACCUCUGUCUUUAAAUUUCAGGGGGGGGGCGGCGGCAUGUGUCUGAGUGAUCAGGGUGUGGCUGGAGGCCUCUCUGUAGCACACAUGAGCGCAGAGGUGUAUGCAAAUGUACGCUGCAGAAACAUGCAGCUCCUGGACACACGGAUAUGUGUUUCACUCACACACUCACACACACACACACACACACUCACACACACUCACACACACACUGUCUCUCUCACUCCAAAUUAGCAUAUUAACAACAUGCCCCACAGAUGCUUCCUGCACUCACAAACGCCUCCUGGCUCCGUGUAAAGAGUGAAACCAUUAUAGUGCUGUAUGUGGGUGUAAAUAAUACACUCAUGUGGCUCUUUGGCUCAUGUGUGUGUCCGCCAGUCACAGCGUGGUCCUGCCUGCAACACAAAGGGGAUUGGGGGGGGGGUUUGCCCUGCAUGUUGCGGGAAGGAGUGAGGAGACGGCGGAGAGAAGGGGGGAGUUUAAGAGGGGAUUAUUUGGAAAGAGGCCCGAGGAGUUUUUGUUUUUAUGGAUUCAUCUUCAGAAACGGUCAGAGACACGCUCCGCUGCUCUCUUUGUGCUCCUCUUUGGCACCCACACAUGUGAAUCUCUUCCUUUCUGUCUCCACCUGCAGCCUUUCCAUCCCAUGGUGAACCUGCAGUGCUCCCCUGAGCUCCGGAUGUUCCUGUGCGCGCUCUACGCCCCGGUGUGCACAGAGUACGGCCGGAUGACCCUCCCCUGCCGCCGCCUCUGUCUGCAGGCCAAGAGCGACUGCUACAAACUGAUGGACAUGUUUGGUGUCAGCUGGCCGCAGGAGAUGGACUGCAACAGGUUGGGACAACAGCAAUAAGUCUUUUUUUCUUCAGGGUUGGUUUCUUUCGAAAACAAGAGUCGGUGAAAAAGGUGAAAAUACUCAGGGGACAUUCAGAAAAGUCUACGACAGAGUAUCAGGGCCACAUUAAGAAAAAUAAAUUAAGACUUGGAGAUUAAAGUCAUUACUAAAGAGAAUAAAGUCGUAAUAAAAUCAUUAUUUACUAGAAUAAGGUUGUAAUAAAAUCGUUAUAAAAUCAUUAUUUACAAAAACAAAGUCGUUAUAAAAUCGUUAUGAGAAUAAAGUCGUUAAAAAAUCAUUACUAACGGAAAUAACGCUGUAAAAAAAUAAUCACGAGAAUAAAGUCGUUAUAACAUCAUUACUUAAGAGAAUUAAGUUGUAAUAAAAUCAUUACUUGCAGAAACAAGUCGUUAUAAAAUCAUUAUUCACGAAAAUUAAGUUGUUAAAAAAUCAUCAGUAACAGGAAUAAAGCUGUAAUAAUAUUGUUACGAGAAUAAAGUCGUAAUAAAAUCAUUAUUUACAGGAAUAAAGUAGUAAAGUAAUUACUAAUGAGAAUAAAAACGUUAUAAAAUCGUUAACAGAAUAAAGUCAUAAUAAAAACAUUAUUUACGAAAAUAAAGCUGUAAUAAAAACAAUAUUUAUGAAAAUAAAGUAAAAAAAUAUAAAAUUAAAAAUAAAAUUAUGACCUACGAGAAAAAAGUUGUUAUAAAUUCAUUACUCACAAGAAAACAGUUGUUAUAAAAUUGUUAUUUAGGACAAUAAAGUCAUAAUAAAAUCGAUUAGAGAAUAAAGUCGUUAUAAAAUCAUUAUUCACAAGAAUUAAGUUGUUAAAAAAUCAUUAUUAUUAGGAAAUGAUUUUAUUAUGUAUUUAUUCUCGUAAGUAACGAUUUAAUUAUGACUUUAUUCUCAUAAGUAAUUACUUUAUUACAAUUUUUUUCCAUUGGAAGUAAUGACUUUAUUCCGACUUUAUACUCAUAAGUAAUUACUUUAUUAUGACUUCAUUAUGUAAGUUAUUAGUAAGUCUUAAAUUCGUUUUUUCUUAAUGUGUCCCUAAUACUCCGUCGUUUAAGUCGUGCAGUUGUGAUGUUAGUAUUUGAGGCUCAGAGAUGACCCGUCUCAUGCUUCUUCCUCAAGUCUCUGCAGGUCAGAUUAGUUUGUUUAAUUCUCCUCUCAUCUGUCUUCUUUGCCUCGGAGGUAGAAACAUGUCUUCAUCAGUCUGAAGGGUUUCCAGGGAAUGCUUUUGAAGCUGCUCCAGUCCUGACAGCUGAAAUAACCCUGAGCUCCUCUCCUCUCCUCUCUCCUCCUCCAGGUUCCCGGACUGUGACGAGCCCUACCCCCGUCCCGUUGAUCUGCAGUCCAAAUCAGACGCUACAGAGUCCCCCGCCUCUGUCCAGCGGGACUACGGCUUCUGGUGUCCUAGAGAGCUCAAAAUCGACCCUGAACUGGGGUACUCCUUCAUGGGCGUCCGGGACUGCUCCCCUCCGUGUCCGAACAUGUACUUCACCAGGGAGGAGCUGAUGUUCGCCCGCUACUUCAUCGGGGUGGUGUCCAUCGUCUGUCUGUCCGCCACCCUCUUCACCUUCCUAACGUUCCUCAUCGACGUUUCACGCUUCCGCUACCCGGAGCGUCCGAUCAUCUUCUACGCCGUGUGCUACAUGAUGGUGUCCCUGGUCUUCUUCUUGGGUUUCCUGCUGGAGGACAGAGUUUCCUGUAACGCAUCGACUCCUGGAAAGUUCAGGGCUUCGACUGUGACCCAGGGCUCCCACAAUAAGGUCAGACGGACUCUUUGGCGGUUUUCUUCUUCUUCUCUCUGACUACAUCUGUGCUGAUCCUCUUCCUCUUCCUCUCUCUCUCAGGCCUGCACCCUCCUCUUCAUGGUGCUCUACUUCUUCACGAUGGCCGGCAGCGUCUGGUGGGUCAUUCUCACCAUCACCUGGUUCCUGGCGGCCGUUCCUAAGUGGGGCAGCGAGGCCAUAGAGAAGAAGGCGCUUCUUUUCCACGCCUGCGCCUGGGGCGUCCCCGGCGUCCUCACUGUCGCCCUCCUCGCCAUGAACAAGAUCGAGGGGGACAGCGUCAGCGGCGUUUGCUUCGUGGGGCUCUACAACCUCACAGCUCUGCGGUGGUUCCUCCUGGCUCCUCUAGGACUCGAUGUCGUGGUGAGACAGACUAUCAUGGACUUUGAAAUACAACAUUUCUUCAAAACUCGAUUAUCGGUGACCCUGAAUCCCUCUCUCAUCUUUAUCCAAGGUCGGCGUUGUGUUGCUCCUCGCAGGCAUCGCGGCUCUAAACCGAGUCCGCAUGGAGAUCCCGUUGGAAAAGGAGAACCAGGAGAAGCUGGUGAAGUUUAUGAUCCGUAUCGCCGUGUUCUCGGUCCUCUAUCUGGUCCCUCUGCUCACCGUCCUGGGCUGCUACCUCUACGAGAACAGCUACAGAGCCGUCUGGGAGACCACCUGGGUCCAGGAGAAGUGCAGAGACUACCACAUCCCCUGUCCUUACCAGGUAGAGCAGCACGCCGUUUACAUUUAACACUUUAUAUGCAGCGUGUCAUCGGCAGCCUGCAGCAUCAGCACAGAGAGAGAGAGAGAGAGAGAGAGAGAGAGAGAGAGAGAGAGAGAGAGAGAGAGAGAGAGAGAGAGAGAGAGAGAGAGAGAGAGAGAGAGAGAGAGAGAGAGAGAGAGAGAGAGGGAGGGAGGGAGCGUCUCAUCUGAUAGAGCCGUUAAUAAUUCAAAGAUCGCGCUCUAUCUUCCUCCCAGCCAGGUAUCACCUCCUGUGUGAGAAAGACUUUGUACAUCCGCCUCUACCUUCAAUGUUCAAAGUGGAGUUCGAUUGUGCUGCAGGGGUCACUUUUUAGGCCAGAGAUGAUAUUUACUAGAGGUGUUCCAGCAAGGGUUCCUCACGAUUCGAUUCGAUUAUGGAAGCUUUGAUUCUUUGAUUAUUGCCAUUUUUAAUCCUCUUUUCCGUACAAGAUUGAUUUUUUCUUCAUCUGUGGCGACAUUUGUAAAUAAAAGCCUAUCAGUUACCUCAAUUCCCCUAAAACUACACUGUCAGUCGUCUUGUUUGCGCUUUUAUAAAAUUCAAAGUACUUCCACGCAGUUGCAGUCGACUCCGGUGGCGAGAGAAUCAGCCGCUCUUUGGAAGCUGCUGAAGCUGUUGCCAUUUUGCAAAGGAGCUAAUGUGCCCCGUUUUUUGUGGUCCCACUCGCUAAACGAACCAGGUGACGCACAUUAAGGUUCCGGUUAGGUGUGUUUUUUUUCUCCUGUUCUGGCCUUGCGGCAAAGCAUCAGCAUAGUUAUUUAUUUAUUUAUUUAUUUAUUUUUACAUAUUGACAUUAAUAAUUUUUUUAAUUUUUUUAACGCAUCAACAUUAAUAUUUAUUUAUUAAUUUUUUAUUCAUUGGCGUUAAUAUUUAUUUUUUUUAUUUAAGGCAUCAACAUUUUUAAUAUUAUUUUUUUUAUUUUUUUUAGGCAUCAAAUGUUCAUUUUUUUUAACACAUCAACAUUAAUAUUUAUUUAUUUUUAAUUUUUUUACCCAUCGGCGUUAAUAUUUAUUUAAUUUUUUAAGGCAUCAACGUUAUUAUUAUUGUUAUUGUUAUUAUUACAAUUAUUUUAUGCAUCGACAGCUAUAUGUAUUUUUUUUUUUACGCACAACAUUAAUAUUUAUUUAUUUUAAGCAUUGAGGUUAAUAAAUUGAUGCAGAAUCGUCACAUGAAGCAUUGCAAUGCAUCGACACAUUGAUGAAUUGCACCCACCUCUAAUAUUUACUCUGAAUCUCAGUCAGCUCGACUUUGAGAUGAAAAGAGAGAGAGAGAGAGAGAGAGAGAGAAAGAGAGGGAGAGAGAGAGAUGGUGAAGGUAAGAUUGGAAAAUCAGGCAGGUCCACAGGAGCGAAAUGAUGAUUCAACAUUAAAUAAAGGCAGAGAGAGACAGAGGGAUAACUGAGACCUGGACCAGACCUGAACCCGGUCUAACUGUAGGUGAAGUCUUGAGUCUACUCUUAGUGGAGUACGAAAGCAAAAGAUCCCUGAAUGAAGACAACAGUUGUGCUCUUAAUCCGUCCUCGUAAACAACGCUUUGUUUAAGAGAGCAGUGCGUUAAUCCCGUGUGUGUGUGUGUGUGUGUGUGUGUGUGUGUGUGAGAGUAUCUGCUGCUGCAAAGUGUGGGUCAGUGAGGUCAAGCUGCACAGCAUCAGCAUCUGCAAACAAGCUGCAUGUGCUGCACAGCUGAGCACUCUGCUGCUAUCAUACAAGAGAGUAAAAUCACCACCACUACUCCCCCCCACACACACAUCAUGAAAGAGCGUACACAUCCCACACACACAUGAACACACACACAUGAACACACACACAGAGUCCAAACUACAGUAUCGACUUAAAGUGCCGUACUAUAUUUAUCUUAAGAGCUUUCCCUCAGGCACAGACCUCGACUCCUGAGAGAUGCUGGACGCUUCAUCUCCACAGCGCACAAAGACACACUCGUACAUACACACACAGACACACACACAGUCUGACUCACUAAAGCCACACGAGAGCGCUCAACGGAACAAAAGAUAGCCCCUGUUUACAGUCCUAAAGUUAGUUUUAGUUACUCUGAGUUCAUCCUGGAAUCUGAACUUCUGCAGACAGUAAUGAGGACGUUGGCUGAAGUCACGCUGUCUCUCAUCUCUCGGCUGAAACGAGUGAAUCUGCGGAUGGCUGAGCCUCAGGGCCCGUCCGGUUCACUCAUAAUAAUGAGGCCAUCAUGACUGCAUGAGUGUUUGUGUGUGUGUGUGUGUGUGUGUGUGUGUGUGUGUGUGUGUGUGCAGGAGGUAGAGCUGUUUCUACGCUGCAGCUACUCUGCACAGCGUCCUGCUGCUCUGUCGUCUCUUUAACAUCUGCAGGAAUAAUCUACACGGUUUUCUCUUUUCUCGUAUCAAAGUAGGGCUGAGCGAUACGGCCUCAAAUCAAUAUCACAAAUAUUGAUCAGUCCCACAACUUUUAUUUAUUUUUUGACACCGAAUAUACCGAUAUGGGUGAAAUGACGUCGGUUGUUGUCCUAAAUUUCAGUAUCGGUAAAUUUUCCGUUUAUCGCCCAGCCCUAUAUCAAACUCUAACUUUUGUGUCUCUGUGUGUGCGUCCUGUAGGUGGAACAAACCAGCCGCCCAGACCUGGUCCUGUUCCUGGUCAAGUACCUGAUGAUGCUGAUCGUGGGGAUCCCCUCCGUGUUCUGGGUGGGCAGUAAGAAGACGUGCUUCGAGUGGGCGAGUUUCUUCCACGGCAAGAGACGCAAGGAGUAUGUACCUCACACUCACAGCUGCUGCAGCUCACAUGCUCAUGCACUCUCAGGGUCAAAAUCUCAGCAUCUGAUGAUAGAUAUUUAAUAACCAGAUUAACAAGAUUUUCAGCGAAGAUUUUAAAUUUAUUCAGGAUCGAAAAAUUAGUGCAAACAGCUAAAAGAGAGAAAAAGUGUGAGGAGUUUAAUCUAGAUUUUUUCUGCAGGUUAUUCAGUUUAUUUUUUGUCUUUCAAAUAUUAAUUAUUAAUCUGUGAAGAUAAUGCAUUACUCUCCACUGAUUUUGACCUUAUAACCCUCCUCCUGUGUUAGUGUCUGCACCGACCUGUUUGGUUUUAAAUGCUUAAAUUUGCUUUUUUGCAUUAAGACUUUUUGACUUUUUUAGAAACCUCCAUUUCAACAAAAUAAAAAAAUUAAAUUGACUAAAUUACAAAAUGCUCGUACCAAAAUUAUGGCACUUGUUGUGGUAAGUGUGUUGCUUUUAUUUUGAAAACCUAGCCAUUGUUUAAUUUCCGUUCGGACGCACGUGCGUACAUCCUAGACCUGCAUUUGUGAACAGAUACAAGUUUAAACAUCUGCAAAAUAUACGUAGACGCCUCAUAGUUGCUCAGUCCGCUUAUUAUUAAUUCGUGAGUUGCGGGUGCGCUUUUUUGGACUUGUUUUUAACCUGUAGUUGCUUAUUAAGGCUUGUUUUUCUGUAUGUGUGAACCCCCUGAUUUGAAGUUGAAGUUGUUGUUGGUUCGGCCCUCCAACACAGUUCAGGUUUCUCUGUGUCAGGGUCACUGUUGACCCGGUUAGAUCAAUAUCUAAUAAUUAGAGUAAAAACUGAAAUCAUAAAUGCACUGACAGUCAGAUCCUCUUCCAGUCAUGUGAGAUUUAGGAAAUUCUCAUUUUACCUGCACAAAAAAACAUCAGGUAUGUCCAGACUUCUACAUGCCACUUCAAAAACUAUGAUCAGCAAUAUUUUCAUGGAUAAUGAAGCCGAAUAAGGUAACCGAGAGAUGAGAACAAAAUUGGAUGAUAGAGAAUUGUUUUUAGUGUAAUUAACAGCUGAUUUAACCGACCCUCAUUAUGGUGGGUGCGUAGUCAAAGCUGACACAGGAGGAAGGUUAAUAACAGAGCAGCCUUGUUUGAUAUUCAUGACCGUCUGAUUCUGACACGUUUGAUCAAAGUUCAAGAUUUUGCAAGAUUCUUUCUCUGCACUCACCCCCCUCCCAUCCAAACUCAGAGCAUUAACCCCCUCUCCCACCGCCUGCUCCACACACUCCUCCAUCCUCUUCUACAACUGCCACCACCCUACCGCCUUCCCUCUCUCCCUCCCCACCCUCCUGCGUCUCUCCCUGCCCUCUCUGCCUCCCCCCAACUCCUCUCUCUCCUGCUCCUCCCGCCCGGACUGUAGCAGAAUGGUUAACGAGAGCCGACAGGUGCUGCAGGAGCCGGACUUCGCCCAGCUGCUGCUCAGGGACCCCAACACCCCCAUAGUGAGGAAGUCACGAGGCACGUCCACCCAGGGGACCUCCACCCAUGCCUCAUCCACCCACCUGGCCAUGCUGGAUGAACCACCCAGCGCCAGCACCAGCCGGGCCGGGUCUGUCCGGAGCGCUCGGUCCAAGAUGAGCAGCUACCACGGCAGUCUGCAUCGAUCCCGAGACGGCAGGUGGGUCUCCGAUCUCUCUUACAGCUGUGUACCCCCCCAUCUCUGCUCCUCACACCCGUGUCCUCCACCCUCACAGGUACACCGCCUCCAGUUUCCGAGCCUUAGACGACCGGCUGCCCUACGGGAGCAUGCCUCGCCUCAACGACCAAUCGCAGUCCAGACACUGCAGCACCAAUCGCCUGGACAGCCUAUCGCGGCACGGCUCCACCCAGCGGCUGGAGACCCAGUCUCGACACAGCAGCGUCAGAGACCUUAGCAGCACCACCCAAGUCAUUCUGGGUGGUCCUGGAAACGGGAUCCACAGAGUGCUGGAGGAGGACGGAGCGACGGCCUGAACAGAAAACAAACUGUUGUCGAAGCGUCGUCACCGCGGAGGACGUGGAACAGAAUGUGAGGACCAUCCACGAAGAUGGACUGAGCUGGAAUCCUCUCGGCUUUAGACGUCCUCCCAGCUGAUCCCAAAAACUGAAGCUCUGACUCACUUUGGUCCAGUUGAUGUCGGACCAGAUUACGGAGCCAGAAUAUGACCAACGCAGACAGACAGACUGAUGUUCACUUGUAUAAAAAGACUCUGAGCAGGAUCUGAACGAUGGAUGUUGGACUCAAACUCCGUUAUCCUUCUCACCCUGAUUUUUAUUUACAUUUCCCCUCAAAAUUAAAGACUCACGGGCAGAGGUAAGAAAUACGUCCAGGUGUGGAGAGCCUCGAUUACUUUGCAGAAGCCGUUCUUCUUCACUGCGCCGGCGUCCCGAUGUUUUCUAAUCUGAGGAGGAAUGUGGUUAACCAGAUGCAAGGGCUGAAGUACAGGUGAAACAGCUGAAUCCAAACUCCGGCCUUAUGACUGUGUUCAGAUUAAGGAAAUUAAGCAUAAUUUAACGAGCACUGUGAUUCAAUUUAGAGUCAAUAAAAAGACGAGUGUGAGGAACUUUUCAUACGACCACAAUCCCUGUGAAGAAAAACGACGUCAGGUGAAAUGUUGAUCAAACACAGAUUCUCAUCGUGCAAAGACAACAUGAAAUGAUAAAACUGGAAAGUGUUUUUUUUUUGAAAAAUGCUCAUUAGUUUCAACAUCAUCUGAACAGCGGCGUCUGUUGGCCCAAAAUCGGUUUCAUGUUUCAAGCAUUAAUGGUGCCUUCCCAGAUGAGUUAGCGGCCCACGCCAUGAGUUCUCAUUUAUCCGCGUGUUAUCCUGGAUGUAGUUUCCCUCUUGCAGUCUAUGCGGUGAUUUCCACUACAGAGUCUGGUUUUCAGCCUUAUCCAUUUAGUGCAGAUUUCUCCUGAUACUCUUGAGUCUUUUAAUAUUUUAUUUACCGCAGUUUAGACUAAGAUACUGUUAGCUAACGCGGUCUCUCACAUAGACUCAGCCUCUUACGACAAAAUCUAACCUGCUGCAAAUAAACCAAAGUAGUCUCUGUCCUCUAAAAUGAGCAUUUUCCAGUUUCACUUGUUGUCUUUGAACGAUUUCAGUAAAAUUUAGAGUUUACAUUUACAAACAUCAAUAAGUUUUAUUGACAUUUCACAGAGCGUUGAAACUUUUUAGGGAAUUGUGGUUGUACAUGUACAAAAAUGGCGUGUUGGGAGUUAAGGCUCAUUUAUGCUUGCCAGACAUUUGAAAAUGUAUGUGUCCGUUUUAAACGAUGGUUCCGUCGCUGCCGACAUAUUUCCAUGCGUCUUUGACGUUGGCAUGGAUGUCAACCAUUACAUCCACCAGGGGGCAGGCCGGAGUCAAAAGUUUCUGACAACUACAAAAAAAAAAUUAAGCAUGGCAACUGCGGAGAAGCUCGUGAUAAUGAAUACUUUGCGUUGGAGGAGGCGGUGGUCGCUCAGGACACUAAAUGCCUCUCGGUUGAAGGAUGGAGAAUUCUUUUCUCUUGUAGUACCGAUGAGAAAAAUUGACGACAAUCCUCAAAAAGGCCCCGCUACUGUAUUCUUCAUUUUUUUCUUAUGAUGUGCAUCAGGUAGCGACAGCAGCAACACUGCCCCCACAGUUUCAGGUGGUACUGCUCCGUCUGAACUGUAUCCGUAAACUUAAAGGAUACGAGCAGGAAUACAGACCAAAAAAACGUGAAGCAUGUAUCUGUUCGCAAAUUUUUUUCUCCAUAAGAUGGUAGGGUAAGGUCCCUCCUCCUUCGACAGCCAUACAGAAUAACCAAUCGGAUAUGUAAUGUUGAGCAUAAAUGAGCCUUUAUUCUAAACACAGACACACAGCCAGAGGUGCAAGCUAGCGUACAGCUAAUCGCUAAUACGCUAGCUGUUUGCAUGCAGGGUCCGAGUUCACAGUUUAAUAGACGGCGGCACAAAAACAUUAGUCAAACUCCAAGUAGAUUGUUUUGUUUAAAAUGUGUCCUUAUUUGUAUAGCCUCUGUAAAAUGUUAGCACAUUUCCUCUAGUGAGAAAAUCUUGUGUAUAGAUGUAAAAUACGAACUUUUUUUGUUUAUUUGUAAGUAAGUUUUUUCUUUUUUUAAUGAAAUAAACAGAAAUAAAGCGCA